AGUUCAGUGAUGUGGGGAUAGAGAUAUGAUACAAAGUGACACGUGACAAUAUCUGUACGACACCUAGCAGCAGCAACCCGUAGGCUGGAAACGAGCGACGGGUAACCUAGCAACGAUCGACGGGUAAGGGGGUAACCUAGCCGCAAGGGACAAGUUACCCGGCCAAGAUCAUGGCUGCUGCAGCACUGACCAUUGUCCAGAUAACCGCUUCCAGCCCUUCCUUCACAGAUCUAGGGUCGGCGGCAGAGCACAGAGAAGUAUUUACAGACGGGAGGUCGACUCCAAAACAACAAGACAGAAACAACGUUCAUAUUGACGAGUUUUUGGAGAAACCUCUUAAAAAUAGGGUAAAACUGAACAUAUGUGGACUCCUGUUCGAAACGUACAAAUGUACUCUUCAAGAAUACCCACAGACAUUACUAGGGGGUUCAGAACUAGACAACUAUUAUGAUCCCAAUAAGAACGAGUACUUCUUCGAUCGAAACAGAGAAUCCUUUUCAUAUAUUUUGAACUUUUACCAGACGGGCCGCCUGUACGCUCCCAGCCAUGUACCGCCAGAUAUUUUUGAGGCCGAGCGAGAGUUUUAUAAGAUAAACCUGGCACUACGCCAGAAAACUGCCGCUCAAAAUGGGACUAAGAAAAUUGUGGCUAAGAAAUCAAGGUGGGAAAAGAUUGCAAAUAAGGUGUGGAAGUUUCUGAACAAUCCUAAGUCGAGUAAGGCGGCCACUGUGUGGGCUUGGCUAGAUAUUGCGUUUAUCAUGGUCUCAGUCACUUGUCUAAUCGUUGAGACAUUACCAGAGAUCAAACUGAUGGUGUCAGACAAUUCCUCCAGAGAGUACAAAAUUCUCUUUACGCUUGAUACUAUCUGUGUAGGAUUUUUCACAUUCGAUCUUAUAGCUAGAGGUGUAACAGCGCCAGACAAGAAAGGGUUCCUCACCUCUCUUAUGAGCUGGCUAGAUUUUCUGGCUAUACUUCCUUACUUUGUUCUCCUUUUUACUAAGGAAUCGAAUAAUACGAUAGAAAUAUUACGAGUGCUGCGGUUAGCGAGGGUACUCAGAGUCUUCAAACUUGUGCGGAGAAGCAAAAAGUUACUCCUUAUAGCACACGUGAUGAAGAAAAGUACGAGUGAGUUGUCACUACUUGUCAUGGUGUGGCUCAUGGCCGUAGUCGUUUUCGGCUCUUUCCUCUACUACGCUGAAAAUGGGAAGAACGAGAAUAUCACGAGUAUCCUGGGUGCAUGUUGGUGGGCUGUUGCUACAAUGUCAACUGUGGGCUACGGGGACGUAUAUCCUAAGACUACGUGGGGUAAAGUGAUCGGGACGGUAGUGGUGUUCCUCAGCAUGAUAUUCCUCGCCCUGCCUCUCACCAUUAUAGUCAGCACUUUCAGUAAAACGUACAGAGCUAGAAAAUGUUUAACAGCAGAUGACAACACUGACGAAGACGACGACGAUGAAGAAGAGAAGGAUGAUGCUAACGGUCCAGUUUCUGUAACCUAGCAUAGAUUCUCAACUAAUGAUUUCAGAAACAAUUCUCUCUUCACGUCCCUUCCUCGUGAUACCAACGCUACCCUCACCACCACCAGUAUUAAGUUUGACUUGUUACGAUAAUUGGAUAAUUGCCAAUUAAAUUGGAUCACCUCAGCUGACUGUCAAGAAAAUAUUGGAAUUGCUAUUGUCCAAAUAUUCUAUGUCCUCAUGUGAAACUUUAAUCGUGUCUUCGGUGGAACAUUCGGAAAACAGAGACGCCAUUAAAAUCGGGACCCUAUAAUCGUGCUCUUUUCUUUGAGCUGGGCGGAAGCUGAUUUAAAAUCAGAUUAUUUUCUUUUCAAGGAGCGCAGUGCACAGUGUAUUUCAGUUUAUGACACAGGGCCGGGUUGCCUUUUUGGUGGAUUUGUCUGCUUUCUUGAUUUUCAGCUUAUUUUGAACAUAUGCAAUAUGCAUUCUCAAAUUUUACCUAAUAUUUGAAGUUGUUCGUUGUAAAUUUAAGUAGUAGUGAAUAUGGCGAAGUUUAGUUUUGAUUAAACGAUAUGCAAAUUAAGUAUGCCAUCUUGAUUGUAGAUUCUGAUAAUUGGAUCUGUUAAUAGUAGUAAAGAUUAGGAUAAUUUGAGAUUUUCGUUUUUA